ACAGACAGCCGCAUUCAUCAUCUUUUUUUCCUGCGACGAACCAGAAAAGAAAAUUCCGCUUCCUUCGACGCGAAAAAAUCCUGUGAAAUAACCGUUAGAAUCCGCAUAAUCCGGGCCCCAAUCGGUAGCUGACCGUCGUCGCCAGCGAUGGAGUCUGAAAAUGACGUUUCCAUCGAAGAGAAAAAGUCGCCUUCCCGGGAGGUGAGCCCCAGUGGCAGUGGCGUCGGGUCGCCGCGGAAAUCCCGCUCUCGGUCGCGUUCACGAUCCGUAUCACAAGCGAGGAGUCGUAGCGGAGGCAGUCGCAGCCCGAGUGGUGAGAGAUCAGGUAAAUCCCGUUCGAGGUCGCGUUCCAAGAGCAAGGAAGCGGCGGCGGCGUCCCGGAGUCCAAGUCCCGCCGGGUCUCGCAAGUCUAGAUCCCGUAGUGGCAGUGCAAACGGGGAAGUGAAUGAAAGUGUCGAUUCCGGUCGGCGAUCAAAAACGCCUGAGGAGCAAAGUCCGGUUAAAAAUGGCGACCGGUCCAGGAGUCGAUCGCCGGUGGCCGAACGGAAGAGCCGCAGUCGCAGCGUAGGAUCCAAUCGAUCGAAGCGAUCGCGUUCGAGGAGUGGUGAGAAGGAGGCGGCAAAAUCGAAGUCUGGAUCGAGAUCCAGAUCACGGUCCAAAUCCGGAUCGCGAUCGAAAAGCCGCUCCCGUUCGAAGUCCGGAAGUCGUUCCAAAUCCAGAUCGAAGUCCCCGGCACGAGCUAAAUCAGGUUCCAGAUCGAAGUCUCCAUCGCGGUCCCGAUCAGGAUCAAGAUCUAAGACCCGUGCCAAGUCUGGAUCGAGAUCCAAGUCACGAUCCAGAUCCAGAUCAGGAUCCAAGGCGCGUGCUAAGUCUGGUUCUCGGUCGAAGUCGAGAUCACGAUCACGUUCCGGAUCAAAAUCCAAAGAGCGUGCUAAAUCAGGUUCGCGAUCGAAGUCACGAUCGCGCUCGCGAUCCGGAUCAAGAUCGAAGUCCCGUUCGAGAUCCAAGUCCAGAUCACGCUCCCGAUCAAAAUCCGGAUCCCGUUCAAGAUCACGAUCGCGGUCAAGAUCCGGUUCCAGAUCCAAGUCACGUUCGCGAAGUCGAAGCCGCUCGGGCAGCCGCAGUCGUAGCCGGAGCGGAUCGGCGCGAUCCCGAUCCAGAUCGAAAUCCGGUAGCCGCAGUCGCAGCCGGUCCAGAAGUCGCAGCUCGCGUCGCAGUCGCAGCGGCAGUCGAAAGUCCGGUUCCCGAUCUAGGUCACGAUCUCGGUCCCGAUCGCGCUCGAAAUCCGGUUCCCGGUCCAGGUCUCGUUCGAGGAGCCGCAGCCGCUCGGGAAGUCGGGCCAGUUCGACCAGACGCAGCAGAAGCCGCAGCUCGGGAAAAUCCCGCAGUCGAUCGCGAUCCCGGUCAAAAUCCCGAAGCCGUUCAGGAUCGCCAGUCGUCAAGAAGAAACGCGGCGUGCUCAGCGACUCGGAAGAUGAAGACGGAGGCAUCGAGAAGACGCCCAAAAAGCGAGCCAAGAUUACCGACUCGGAUCACGAAGGGGAAGACCUGGAGGAGGAGCCAGUCGAAGAGGAAGCUAAGCCCGAGGAAGGUCAGGAAGAACCGCAGACCAGUACAAUUGUCGACGCGGGCGAUUCUGAAGAUGAAGGAAUUCGUGAGGAUGGAGGUGGCGGUGGCGACUUCGUUAACGACUUCGAGUUGAUGUUGGCGCGCAAAAAGGAGGAAAAAGGCAAACGUCGCAAGCGGAACGACAUCGACCUGAUCAACGACAAUGACGAUCUAAUCGCGCAGCUACUGCAGCAAAUGCGCCACGCUGCCGAAGAAGACCGGCAGCUGAACAAGGAGAAUAAACCGGCCGUCAAGAAAAUCGCAAUCCUCAAACACGCAAUGUCGCAGCUCAUCAAAAAGGACCUCCAGUUGGCGUUCCUGGAGCACAACGUACUCAACGUGCUGACCGAUUGGUUGGCCCCACUGCCGAACAAAUCCCUUCCCUGUUUGCAGAUUCGGGAAUCUAUUCUGAAGCUCCUGUCGGAUUUCCCCUGCAUCGAGAAGUCCUACCUGAAGCAAUCGGGCAUCGGCAAGGCUGUGAUGUAUCUCUACAAGCACCCCCGCGAAACCAAAUGGAACCGCGAGCGGGCAGGGCGGUUGAUUUCCGAAUGGGCUCGGCCCAUCUUCAAUCUGAGCACGGACUUCAAAGCGAUGACCAAGGAAGAACGUCGGGAGCGCGAAAUGAAGCAAAUGCCCAAGAAACGCAAAGCGGCACCGGAGCAGGCCGGCCAGAGUGGGUCCACCUCCAAGAAGGGGCUGCCGUUCACGGAGGCGGACAAGGGUGCCCUCCGGCCCGGAGACAAAGGCUGGGUGCAACGGGCCCGUGUACCCAUGCCAUCCGACAAGGAAUACUUUGUACGACCGACAUCGACUAGCGAUGUCGACAUGAGUCGGAUCACCAAGAAAAAAAUGAACCGCUACGAGCAGCAUCUGAAGAAGUUCAUCGACGCCAAGCGGCUCAAGCAAAGUCGACGAGCUGUGGAGAUAUCGAUCGAGGGUCGGAAAAUGGCGCUCUAGGUUUUCUGAUUUUUCACGUGCAGUAGGUAAUUUAUGUAAUGAUCAUUAUGGAACAGACCGCCAAGUCAGGUACGUAUAACUUAAUUUAUAAAACUUUUCUUCUGUCAGUACGCAUAAUUGUAUGUAUGUAACCCGGAAUGAUACCCGGAGAAAUACCGAGAGCACAUUAAAAUGCGACAAGGAUUCAGAACCACACCACGUGGAAUUGGCAACAUUUUAGUUAUUACUGAUAGCCUUAAUUUCCUCUUCUCUUGGUUGUUCAUUUCGCUGAUUUGAGUUCCCACAUACCUAGCAUAGAUACUUGAUAAAGACUUGAUUUUAUGUUGUUUCCCAACCCAUUAGACGAACUCGUGCAGCCAGGAUAAUGCAAAUAAAGAUAAUUGGACUACA